AUGCCUCGACAGGGAGACGGAAGUUCCGACAAUGGUCCUUUCAAGGAGGCAGAACAUGACAUCUUGCACGGAGCAGGGCCUAGAGAGACUUCACAGGUUGCUCGUGCCGAGAAGACUGCACCAUUCCCUGAACACGAGAAAGGUGGCGCAAUCGAGGGAUUGAAAGCCAGUGGCGGCGGUUACAGCCUUCCGACAGUUGGGAACCAGGGCAAAGGCCCACUGAAGUAA